AUGCAUCGUUCAGCGAUGGAGGACAGAGCGAGGAUGUACAAGAAAAAAGGUUAGUUGAUCUAUAAAUAUAACUUGAAAGUGAUUGUUUAUUGAUGUUUUUUAUAGGCUCAAAUAAUGAAGAACUUCGUCGAAGACGUCGUGAAAAUGAAGUAGAAUUGAGAAAACAGAAACGGCAGGAUAUUUUAGAAAAUCGUCGAAAAAUCACCGAAGUUAAUGAGAAACCGCAAGCUAGUCGAAUCCCCGCAGAAAUUAUUGAUCAACUAAAAAGUGAACAAACUGGUAUUGAAGCAACUGCUAUAAGAAUUAUUGGCUCAAAACUUACAACAUCCGAAUGGUCUCUUUUUGAUUUGUGUUCUAAUGGAAUCUUGUCUAUUUUAUCUGAUAUUUAUUCAAAUCGAAGGAGAAGUGAUAUUGUCGCAAGAUCGAUCGCCGAAAUUUUCAGAAUUUGUUCAAAUCGGCCGAGUGAUGCGAAAACAGCUGAUAAAUUAUGCAUCGAAUCAUUGUGUUAUGUUCUGGGAGACAAUGUUGAAUCAAUUGAAAUAACAUGUGAUUGUUUGCAAGCAAUAUCCGUAUUUGUUGGAAUGAAUAUCAUUUAUCGAAAUAUUGCAUUCGAUUCAGCGAUUGUUCCAGAAUUAUUGAAUAUCUAUGAGAGAAAGUAAGUCUGAUUAAAUAUUAGAGAAUUUAAUAUUUUUCAACUUUUUAGUGAUCCACGUGCUAAUCGCUGUCUCAUGUGGCUUGUUUCUCAACUAUUCCAUCGCCUUCAAGAAUAUUCUCCACGCGUUGAAGAAGUUGCACCACUCAUGGAACUUGUUGCUUCAGGAAUGCAAUCAACUGAUACUGCAAUACAAUCAGAUGCAAUUCGCGCUUGUGCACUUAUGGCUGAAUGGCCUGAUAUUUGGCAAGAAAUGCAUACAAAUAAGUUGCUCGUAUUACUUGUAAAUUCACUUUCAUCUGGAAUUGGUGUUGCUCGACCAAGUGUUUUGAAAGCUAUCGAUUUUAUCACUGAAACAACUCCCGAUUUUACACAAGAAAUGAUUGAUGCAGGACUUCUCACAGUUCUCAAACCAAUUAUCAAUGUCAGAUAUAUUUCUAGAGAUGUUUGUUAUAUUCUUGCAAAUAUUUCCGGAGAAGGCGAACACGUUAUUGAUGUGAGUUAGAAAAAAAAACUAUUAAAAUAUUAUAUUUCAAUAUUUUUAGCGAUUGAUUUCUUCUGGUGUUUUAUUAGAAGUAACUAAAGUAAUGGAAACCGCAGAAUAUAGAACAAGAAAAGAAGCUGCUUAUACAAUAUGUCAUUGUUGUUCAUCAACCAGUCGGGCACAUAUCGCUUAUAUUUUAGAAAUAGGAUUGUUGCGAGUAUUCACCGAUUUGUUGACAUGUAUGGAUCCAUCAUUAGUCACAUAUGUGAGUUCUUUUUUUCUUUGGAAAAAAAUUGUUCAUGAAAUUUCCAGAUUCUUGAUGCUCUUGAAAGUCUUCUUUUAUAUGGAGAGAUCAAUCUUUCACCUGAUUAUACAAAUCCAGUAUCAGUUCAACUUGAAGAAAUUGGAUGUCGAGCUAAACUUGAAUUUCUAUCACAAAGUCAAAAUAUCGAUAUACAUGUCAAAUCAUAUAAUAUCUUGGAUCGUUUUUUUGAUGAUGACGAACUUGUUCAUUACAAUGCAACUUGUUCUGCUGAACUUCGCUCUACAGUUGAUCAAACAAUUGAUUCAUUACUUUCAGCUGUUGCAGCCAAUAACUCCUAA